AGUCGUCGUUAAUAUACAUCGCCAUGGUUUCCACAGAUACAGCUGAGAGUCCACAUCCACACUACUUAACUUUCUGUCGGCACGGAUUUCUGUAUAACCAAAACUUUGAUGAGUUUCAGAGUUUAUUGGGACACAAAGAUGAGAAGCCUUUGUCUGGAAUGAGUUUUGGUGAGCCUCUGGAUAACACGAUUUCAACCGAGAGAGGUCAAAUUACGCGUAACCUUCCAUCAUCCUCCUCGCCUGUUUCGCAUUUCCCAGAUAACUUGGAUUUAAAUGCGACGAUGAUUAGUAAGAAAAUCCUGGAUCAAGCGUGGAGUGACUUGGUUGUGCAAGAACAUGUGAACCGAACAGGUAAGAACCAGGUCCAUCAAUCGAGUUUGGAGGAAGCAACUGCUGCAGAUUUGAUGGUACGUGCGGGGGCUAUGAACGUAGGAAAUCAGGAGCACGUCGGCGCCGAUGCUCAGCCGCUGAUCGCAAUUGAUCCGAUGGAGAUGGUGUCCCAGCAGGCAAAUUGGCUGCCACUGCAAAUGCAGCUGCAGAUACCAGCUGGCAUUAACUACUCAGAUUUGAAUGUUCGUGAAUCAGCUUCGGAAAUAUGUUUCUCGGAUAAGGUUCCGCCGCUAGGGAUUUCAUUGCCGAUAGCAUGUUCGUCGAAAUCACAAGUAGUAGGAGGCGAUACAGAGAGGAAACGACGUUAUUCGGAUGGGACCUUGAAAGAGAAUUCUGAAAAGAAGCAGAAGAGGAUGAUCAAGAACAGAGAAUCUGCAGCCAGAUCGAGGGCAAGAAAACAGGAGUACACAAAGAAUAUGGAGGACAAAAGGGACCGGUUGGAGCAAAGUAAUUGCUGGCUUAAGAAGAUUAAGGAGGCAGAGUCGCGAUUCACAGAACUCACCCCAAAAUAUCAACUACGACGGAUCAGUUCAGCUCCAUUUUAAGAAUGGGUUUUUUACAAUCAAAUUGAAUUAC